GCCAAUGUAGGCCAGGCCGCGCGGGCGGGGCCGGGGCGAUGGGGAAUCUGUUCGGUCGCAAGCGGCAGACCCGCGUUACCGAGCAAGAUAAGGCCGUCCUGCAACUAAAACAGCAGCGGGACAAAUUAAAGCAAUAUCAGAAAAAGAUUUCUCUACAACUGGAGCGGGAGAGAAUUGUUGCUCGUCAACUACUAAAGGAUGGCAAGAAAGAGAAAGCCAAGCUUCUGCUAAAGAAGAAGCGUUAUCAGGAGCAACUGUUAGACAAAACUGAAAACCAAAUUAGCAACUUAGAACGCAUGGUCCACGAUAUUGAAUUCACACAGAUCGAGAUGAAAGUGAUCGAGGGCCUCAAAAUUGGCAAUGAAUGUUUAAAUAAAAUGCAUCAAGUUAUGUCAAUAGAAGAGGUGGAAAGAAUCAUGGAUGAAACCCAGGAAGCCGUAGAGUACCAGAGGCAAAUAGAUGAGAUAUUGUCUGGCAGUUUCACUGCAGAGGAUGAAGAUGCCAUUUUAGCUGAAUUAGAUGCCAUCACUCAGGAGCAGAUUGAUCUUCCAGAGGUUCCCUCAGAGCCUCUCCCAGAAAAGAUUCCAGAAAAAUCGCCCAUCAGAGUCAAACCAAAGCCAGAACUGAUUGCUGCAUCUUAACUCCACUACCUGCGGGGUAUCCCUGCAUUGAAUCUUGGAAUCCCAGCAUGCCUGGGGUAUAGGAGGCCUCCCUGCUGGCAUUACCCAGCCAUACUGGAGCAGGUUUCCUGCACAGAAUGGAAGCUGUAACUGGUUAAUGUUCCCAUAUCAAGGUUAUUUUGUAGCGUGCACACUCCUCCUUUUUGUAACGUAAAUGGGAUUAAAUGGUGACUCUUAAA